AUGUAUGGCCUUCAGCUGCUGAUUGUGUCCGAGUCCAUGUUUGGAUUAGAAGGUGUGAACUGGAUGAAUCCUGAUAAACUUACCCAGUUCCCACCUGUCAAAAAUAUACACGAACUGGAAUGCACUCCUGCAAGCCCAAAAGCAGAAAGCAAGAAAGAAGAACGGCUGGCGGUGCUGGCGACUGCAGAGCUGCCUGCUAAAUCAGUUGAUCUGGCGGCGAUUAACCUGACUGAGCUGGUUAAUGGAAUGCUAAAUACGGCUCUCAAAGGUUCCAAAAAGUUCUUCUCUUUGCUGAGCAUUACGUCUUACAGCUCAUAUGCCUUCCAUAAGGUUUCCAUUGUCCUCUACAACAUAUCCAACUUGAAGAAUGUUGACGCCACCAAAUUCCCCAUGAGGUAUUGCUACUGCUUAAACAAUCGGACAAAUGAUUUAACAGAUUUUACUGCUUUGCUCGUUGAUAUCGUUGGAAACUCCACCAAUUACUUGACCGAAAUUUUCAAAUCUACUUCCAUUGUGUCAGUGAGCCAGAGUAAUGAGAGUGACUGCAUCUACAUUUGUGUUAUGUCAGGCCGCACAGGAAGAAAUCUGUCGGACUUAUGGGAAGCAAUUGAGAAGUCCCCUGUUAUUAAUUACACUUUUUCUGGUAACAUGUCGGACCUCCUGGGUGAGUACAUCCUGAACAUACUAAUGAAGAAGCAUUUAAACUUGAUCGUUCCUGGUCUAAUGCCUCUACGGGAAGAUGCUGACAAGGAGCUAGGCAAUAUUGCAAAAGACGCAUGGACAUUUAAAACUACAAAGACACCUGCAGGGUCCCAGAGCGGUGCCUUGAAAGGAAAAGAGAUGUUCGUGACGCAGCACCCUGGAUGGUUGAAGACUGUCAUUGCGAAAGGCUCUGAAGCUCCCUUGGCACCGUUGUCCUUAUGGCUGCAGACCGACGCCUCAAAGGAGUAUGGUGUUUCAUCUACAAAAACAACUUCAUCCAGGCCUGUUCUUGUGGAAAGUUAUGAUGGAAGUCUACCAGGAGCAUUACCACCACUUACUCCAAAGUUGCCUACUCAAGCUUGGACCGUUGCUGCAAAAGGAGAUGAGACCGUCUUCCCACAGUCCACCAUGGAGCGAAAGACUGCUGCCUUGAAAAGCUUUGAAGUGUCUACUUUUCAGGUGUCCCCGUGGCUGCAGACAGAUGCUCCGAAGGAAUGGGACGUAUCUCCUUCCCCAUCUUCUUUGAUGAGCUUUGACCUUCCGUCUGGAACACAGCCAGUGCCAAUUGAAACUUAUACAUUCCUGACAUGGCCAGUUUCUUCUAGAAUAACCAAAGCACCUCAGCAAAUCCAGGCAGGAUGUCCACAGGGAAUCAAGAAAGGCAGCAAUGUGAUCACACCACCCAGCACACUUGCAAAGCUCAAUCCUUGUGUCAUGGAGCUGUGCAAAUUUUAUCAGCAGUGCCUUUGCACACGGGACAGAAGCUACUCAAGAGACAAAGUGAUGAGGUACUGUAUUGAACACUAUUCCUGGUUCUUGAAAAAUGCAAUGUACAUCUGUGAAAAGGUCAAAAGAACACCCUAUUCCAAGACUUUAAAGCAAAAAUGCCUUGCAAGCAUUUGUAAAUCUAUUUAA